UUUAGAGGCUCCGGUGAAGUCAGGUUCUUUGGGAAUCUGUUCAGUGCAGCAGCAGAGAGAGAACAACAGACAGGAGAGAAGAUACUGGAGCUGUUAUCAUCAGUGUGCAGAUAUCAAACAUUCCCUAUUAAAGAGAGAGCAAUGACUGUUGAUAAACACGAAUGUCAGAGUGAUUUCCUGCUGGAUCUGUGCUCCCACCUGAAGGACUAUGAGACUAAAAAAGGCUUGAGGGUCCUUCCAUCAUUACAGUCAGUUUUCCAGUCAGCUCCUGCAGUCUGGUUCAUAAACCUCUCAGAGGGAAAGACCUCCAUCCUCCUGGAAGUGCUGAAACUCCAACCAGAGAAGAAACCAGUGAAGCUGACAGGCUGCUCAGAUGAAGAGAGUGAAGUGAGGAGUUUCCUACAGUGUCUGCCUUAUAUCUCACAGCUCAGUUUCUCUUUCUGGUUUAGAGGCUCCGGUGAAGUCAAGUUCUUUGGGAAUCUGUUCAGUGCAGCAGCAGAGAGAGAACAGCAGACAGGAGAGAAGAUAUUGGAGCUGUUAUCAUCAGUGUGCAGAUAUCAAUCAUUCCCUCUUAAAGACAGAUACAUGGAUGAUGAUAAGAACAAAUAUCGUUGUAGUUUUCUGCUGGAUCUGUACUCCCACCUGAAGGACUAUGAGACUAAAACAGGCUUGAGGGUCCUUCCAUCAUUACAGUCAGUUUUCCAGUCAGCUCCUGCAGUCUGGUCCAUAAACCUCUCAGAGAGAAAGACCUCCAUCCUCCUGGAAGUGCUGAAACUCCAAACAGAGAAGAAACCAGUGGAGCUGACAGGCUGCUCAGAUGAAGAGAGUGAAGUGAGGAGUUUCCUACAGUGUCUGCCUUAUAUCUCACAGCUCAGAGUUCUGUGCAGAUCAACCCCCCCUAGCAACGCUCCCACGGAGUCCUGCUCAUCUCCCAUGAGCUGAUACGUGUUUCCUCCAUCGAGCACCAAGUUUGUUCCUUUGAGGCUGUUUUCAUCAGUCAUCUAUGGACUCAGUAAAAAGGAAACAGAGACUCAGCUAUAAUGAUGUGAUCCAACAAGCUCCAGCAAUGUCAGCAACAGAGACCAUCACCAUUGUGUUGAUGAUGAGGAGUUCAGUUCUUCU